CGGCGGGGGGCGGGAUGAGAACGUUCCCCUGGAAUCCGAGUUCCCAUUAGGGUCCGCCUUCUUUUCCCGGUCUUCAGGUUGGAAGAGUAGUUGCUGACCGAAGAUGUCUGACCUUGCAGAGGAAGAAGUCAAAAAGUAUAUCAAGGCUAAUUUGAGAACGUUCUUUCGCAUCCGCGUGGCUCAGAUGAUCCACCUCUCCUGCCUCACGGAUAUGGAUCGGCAAGAACUCAGCGCGCAUCUCACCCUCUACGGGAACGAUCGAACCGUGUGGGAGUUCUUCCAGCGCCUGCAGUGCAGGAGAGGCUGGUUGGAAAUCCUCAUUGAGGCGCUCCAGGCGGACGGCUUAGAAGACUUAGCCAGGAAGCUCCUGGAGGUUUACAACACAAAACUACUCCCUUCUCAACGCAGUGCUCCACUAACUGCAUCGUCUCCUGCUGUGGGGAAUCCCCGUCCACCAAUGGGAUCGAGCGCUGUGGGUUUCAGUCCGCCGGCGUCUGCUGAACGAAUGGUGUCUCCUCCGCGGGAUCCGAGUCCUAGGGGAGCCCAGGCUUCUCCCCAUUUGCUUCCUGAGAACCAAAGAGCUGUGCCCUCAAUCCCAAACCCAAACGAAAUGAGCAGUUACCGUGCGCCUGUUCAGGAAACUGACGAGACGGUGGCAGAACCACAGGCAACUCAUCACCCCAGCGAUCUGGAAUCUUCUACACCCCUUGACUCACAAGCCUUGCCAUUUCAAGCUAGUGUGCCAGCUGCGGAGAGGAGUCCGACUAAUGCCCAAGCCUCCUCUGCUCCCAGCCCACCCCAUGCCUUGUUGACACAGGACCACGCGUUGCCUUCUGAAGCCAGCGCCUCAACUCAGCCAUGGAACAGCCAUCAGCAGCGCCCAGUCUGCGUCACGAACGGCUAUUUCGGGAACGCUAGUCGUGUGCCAAUGGAUAGCGGUGCCUCCCCAGCCCUUGUUGACCCUCUUGGCCCCAAGACGCCUGGAAAUCAGCCAGAGGAGGAUGAUUAUAUGUCUGUGGAGAACUCUCCCUCCGCAGGUCCAAGCAGCCAAGACGAUUCGCAGGAGGAAGAGCGGCUGCAGGAGCCAAAUGUCCAGGCCCCGAGCCAUUCGGUCCAAGGGAACAGCGGCACCUCCAACUUGCAAACACAGAGAGAUUUAGAGCAAGGAGGAGCCACGGAUCAAAGAAGGAACAGUCCCACAAAGAAGGACAACAGCGAAAUUCCAAUGGACGUCAGGCCUCGGAAUUUCCAAGGAAGAGGUGACCAUGUUGCAACGGUUGCCCCUCCCCAGCUAACCUCUGGUGCUCCUCAGCUUGGCAGCUCUCGUUCCGGGCGUCCCCUGCAACCCUGGCACCCAUCAGAGAAUGUGAACGUCCCCCCAAACCCCAUCGCUGUGCCACCUUCUGGCUUUGACGAUUUCUCUUCCACAAAUGUCAUCCCACCGAGCUCACCUUCCUCUGCACCAUGUUGGGCGGACUUUGAGGACCCAAAGGCUCCCAUUCAAGAGAGGGCGUGGUCUGCUGGAAGGGACACAGAUGCCACUACAUUGGCGCAAGAUAAGGUAUCUAGGGUAAGCCGGCCCUUGCACACGGUAAAUCCAAGGAAGAGAAGGAACGGUUCUUCAGGGAUCUCCAAAGGCAAUGAUGACGACGAUGAUGGCCCAUGCAAACCUGGGGUCCUGAAAUCGGUCCCAAGCAUGAGUUCUCCAGGGCAACUCGUUGAUGUCUCAGAGACAGGAUAUUCUGGCGACUCAGAAAGGUUACUCCUCAGCGGUUUAACGGAAGAUCCUUUAAUUGUGAGCGAUUUGAGCACGAGCGGUCCACCUGGAGAGCAGCGCUCUGGUUCAGCUCAAGGCGAAAGAGGUGAUGUGCCCCUUCAGCCCUUGAAAGCCAACCAAGAGGAUGACGGGUCCAUCAGAACCUAUGAGGUCCAAGUGCAGAAAGAUACCAGCAUGGAUCUCACCGCAGCCCCAAAUAUCAUUGGCUCUCGGAAACACCAAGCAAAUCGCUCUUCACCCGACUGCCCUGAUUUGGCGAUAGAUCGUUCACCCAUUGCAUCACCCAAUUCCCGUGGAAGUGAAGCAUCAAGUCCUGAUAAUUCUUCCCCUCCACGGAUCCCAAGUGAUUAUAAAUUGCUCCUUGUUGGGUUGGCUUUGGCGGCUGUGGCAGCCAUGGCGUUCGCCCUAUAUAAGAGGAAAUAGGAGUUUGGAGGAUAGAAAUUGGUCAUUGGUCCUAUGCCUAGCCAAUAAUGCAACCACCUUUCCUACUCACUCAUACAUUCAAGCGGAAGGGAAAUGCUUUCUUCUAAUAUACACUCUCCAGAAAUUUGCACGAUGCCCACAGCAAUAGGAAACUCUCACCAGCUGCCUUCUUGCAUGUUUACCUUGGUCCACUUUUAGAUCUCUCUCCAGGAAUGGGACUUUUUGGUAAAAUAUAGUUGGAUAUAUCAGCCUAUCGUUAACCUC